UGUAUAUCUACGUUUUGGCACUUGCUUUUCCUAUCUUCUACAAUGUAGUUAGUGCUUACAGGAGUGUUGUAAAUAUAUUUAAGGGGUCGCCGGGAUAAAAAACAAGUUCCAAACUGGAGCUACUUAUAGAAACCAAAGAUGGAAUAAAAAGGAUGUCUCUGGUACAGGUGCGACUGGCCCGGGACUCCCUGCAAACCCAGUGGGGCUUCCGGUUGCAGGGAGGCAAGGAUUUAAAACAGGAGCUCGUCGUACAAAGGGUGUUCGCGAACACGCCCUCUGAAGGCGAGCUGCAGCGUGGGGACGUGAUUUUGGCGAUCAACGGUCGAGACCUCUCCAACUUCACUCACAAGCAGGCACAGGAUGCCAUAUCGGGUGGAGGAGGACAGAUAGAGUUCCUUGUACAGAGACCGCAAGGUACAGUGACCAUCAAGCCGCUGACCCCACAGACAGAGACCAGAGCCCCGUCAUUCCCAACGUCACCUGUAAGGGCGCCUCAGAUUGUGAUACCGAUACAGAAGAACCGAGGUCCGGGCUCGCCCACACGUAUCGUGCCCAUAUCUCCACAGAAGCCGUCCCCGGUUUCACCGUCCGCCCACCCAGACACCAUGGACAGCGCGGGCUUCAUGCCUAGAAAGGUGACGUUGAACAAGUUUGGAGGCGGCACCAUGAAUUUCGGCACAUCGUUCGGAGCUAGUCCCUCCUCCCCACAGAAGGCACCCGCCUCCAUGGGAUACCGGCCCGUGGCGCCUCCAGCUGCCGCGCCUGUGAGGGACCAUCAGACCCCGCCAAUCAACUACCAGACCCAGUUUACCGCUCCUCAGCACUCACCUCAACAGUCGCCGCAAAUAGGAGUGGACCGAGGCGUGGAGGAGGAGGAGUAUGGUGGGAUUGACGAGAGGAGGAGGACUUUCAUACAGAGGGAUCACAACGUUAGCAAUGCCCUGGGCUUGGACGAGGAGGAUUACCCGACGGCCCCGGUUUGGGAGCGCCGGAAACAGUUUGGCAAAAAGGCGCCAUCCAACCCAGCCGUUCAACGCUCUCGUAAACCCCUCCCUUCUUUCGGUCGCCCUCGUGCCGCGGACGAGUCUGUCAUCACGUUUGGGACGGACUACUCCAAGCCGCUGCCCAAACCUGUGUCCCCCAAACACAAGUACGCUCCCCGCCAACGCCCACCACCCGUUAACCGCCAGGACGACGAGCUGGACACUGGCGCAGCAUGGAGCAACACUCUCCGCACCGAGGCCCGCCAGCUGAAACCAUGGGAACGCGAGGCGUUGGAAACGGAACGCUACCAGGCCGGAACAGUCGACGAACCUUACCGCCCCCACACCCAACCACCAGUAGCACCGAAACCCAAAAUAACCCAAAUCUCCACCCAGUCGACGGUCCGCUCCACAUCGCAAUUGUCUCCAGGAAGUGGACCCAGGUCUGUUUCCCCUUCCGUCCCCCCGAAACCAAGCCGUUCCCAUGCUAGGUUACCUCACCAACAGCAUCUGUCACCGGCGCCUCAUAGGGCCCCUGAUCAUGUUUCAGGUGGUUACGCCCCUCAGGAUCCCGGAGGUGUCGUCCAUCUGCAGUACAACUCCCCGAUCGGGUUGUACUCGGCGGAUAAUGUCCGGGAUACAUAUGUAGGUCAGACCCAAGGCCGGGCUCAGGCGCAUGGCGGACAGGUCCAGAAGCCACCUGCGGUCCCCGGGGAUCGAGACUGGAACGACUCGUACGUGUACAAGAUGGUUCACUCCUCUGACAAGACGACGACAACGAGCUCUUCCGGCCGCCCCGGACAGGCGCCCACCGGCGAGACGGUCACCACAAGCCGCGUCUCGCAUGAAACCAAGUACCCGGGCCAGGAGCCGCAACGUCACGUGACAGAGACGGUGAGACGCCAGCCCGUGGCUGACUACAAGUUUGAUAGCUCUAUUGGACUGUCUGACUUCUAAUCUAGAAGGGGUCCUUUAAAUGACUUUCACAGCGUCAUUGCUAUCUGGCGGCUUAUAAUAUGUUAGAUUAGAUAGGGUUAAAACAUUGCUAUGUUAAUGUUUAAUGUUAAAUGUGUGUUCAGCCUUGGUAGGUCUGACACGAAUAAUGUAGAAUGAAGCGUGGAUAAUCAUGCAUUUAGUGCAUAUAGGAGAAAAGAAUCGAAACAAUAACACUGGCAUUUUUUACGGUGCAUGGCACUAGAUGAUGAAGCACUUAUUGUAAUCUGCGCUUUGGCAUAAGAACUGAUAGCCCGGGACUCGGUAUUAGUUCAUUAAUGUUUGGCGACGAAGAUUGAACAUACAUCGGUUGUUUUCGAAACACUUCAUGUUAAUUGUGUAUGUGUAAUUGCUAUUUAAAUAUCAUUUAUUUAUUAUUUGUGUUAUAACUUGUUAACAUAAUUUCGCCGGAAUUGUGCAAUAAAACAAAGUCUGCCCCUUUUUACUAGUUAGUUGGAAUGAAUGUAUGUGGAUAAUUGGUUAAUCGUGUUUUCGUGGAAAAUUGUUUUUAGAACCCUUUAAUUAUGUUGAUAGAAUAUAGAUUUGUAAUAGUUGUAAUCAGAACAAAAGCAAGUCACUUCAGGCGUCUGCUGUGUAAGUCAUUGAUACAGAGUCAUAACUCCGCCUCUCUGUUAGUAAUGACCUUCACAAAUAAUUUCAAGUCAAUAAGUUCGUGGGUUCGGUGCCUGUAACCGCAGACGAUCGGGAUAAGCGUUAAAACAUGCUUACGUACAUAUUUUUAAGUGACAUAAUUAUAUUACUAUGGAAAUAUAGUUUUCUCGUUAUUUAUUAUAGGCUUAUAAUGUGUGUGUGCACUGCCAGAUUUUCGCGAUUAUUUUGAAAUGAUAACUUACAUGACAACUGUUUGAAGGAAAACAACGUUUCGCUACAUAAAUUAUGUCAUAGUUAUAAAAGUUUAGAUUUGUAUCGAAUGAUUCAGUCUUUAUUCGCUUCUGGAUUGUUGUUAAAUCACACUUGUUAAACAUUACAAUUUGUAUAUAAAGUGUACAUUGUUUUAUCUUUUUGAAAUGUUUUCCAGUUGUUUUACUGCGUUAUGAGUGGGUCACCCAUAUGAAUAUGUGCCUUAUUAGAAAAUAAAAGUCUGUGAUUGCGUC